CUCUUCAGAAUUGUAAACUGUUUGCUGCUGAAUAGACUAAUACGCAAUUUAAUUGGACAAUACACAUUUAAGUAUCCUUUUAUCAUUGUUUUAUAUUGUCUAUUCGUAAUGCUUCCGAUGUGUGUUUGGUUCAUUCCAAUGGAUGACUUUUAUUCUUAAAGGAAAACGCAAAGUCCACGAUUGUGUCUCACCGUUAUUGUGGCUUGUUUCACGUAGUUACCGACAUCCGACGCGGUACUGUCUGUCAGUACAGUAGACGAGACAGACUUCGUUGGUGUUAUAUCAACAGGGCAACAUGACUUCCAUGUAAUCUUAGAGAUCACGUUUGAUCACUUAAUUACACAGCCUGGAUGUUUUGUAUAACGGACACAAGAACUUCUGUCUCCAAAAGGAAAUAUUUAUGGCUUGGUACGGCUUUAUGGGAGUAGCUAGCUAGCCAGCUAGCGAACGGCUGGCUACGUUUGAAGAAAUUUUGCAAGGAUGCUACGGUGGAUACGGCAACAGCUGGGCUUUGACCCUCCCCAUCAAAGUGACACCAGAACGGUUUACAUUGCAAACCGCUUCCCUCAGCAUGGCCAUUAUGUUCCUCAGCGGUUUGCAGACAACAGAAUUAUAUCAUCCAAGUACACCAUUUGGAAUUUUGUUCCCAAGAAUUUGUUUGAACAGUUCAGAAGAAUAGCCAAUUUUUAUUUUCUCAUCAUAUUCCUGGUCCAGCUAAUGAUAGAUACCCCCACUUCCCCUGUUACCAGUGGACUUCCUCUGUUCUUCGUUAUCACAGUAACUGCCAUCAAACAGGGCUAUGAGGACUGGCUGAGGCACAAGGCGGACAAUGAAGUGAACGGGGCGCCUGUGUUUGUGGUGCGCAGCGGCAGCCUAGUGCAGACUCGCUCCAAGAACAUCCGAGUUGGGGAUAUAGUUCGAGUGGCCAAAGAUGAGACGUUCCCAGUAGACCUAGUCCUGUUAUCGUCGGACCGAAUCGAGGGAACAUGUCACAUCACCACCACCAGCCUGGAUGGAGAGACUAAUCUGAAGACUCAUUACUCUGUGCCGGAGACACUGGUGUCCCGUUCGGUAUCCAGGCUGGAGUCUCUACAUGCUGUGGUUGAGUGCCAGCAGCCAGAUGCAGACCUGUACAGGUUUGUUGGGCGAAUAACCAUAACACAGCAAGGAGAAGAAAUUGUCAGACCCCUAGGACCAGAAAACCUGCUGCUUCGAGGUGCGAGAUUAAAAAAUACUAAAGAGAUUUUUGGUGUGGCAGUUUACACUGGGAUGGAGUCCAAGAUGGCUCUGAACUACAAGUGCAAGUCCCAGAAGCGCUCUGCAGUAGAAAAGUCCAUGAAUACCUUUCUGCUCAUCUACCUUGGCAUCCUACUGUUUGAGGCCGUCCUCAGCACCAUCCUGAAGUAUGCCUGGCAAGCUGAGAACAAGUGGGAUGAGCCCUUCUACAACCAAAAGACUGAGCAAGAGAGAAAUAGCAGCCAGAUCCUGAAGUUCAUCUCUGAUUUCCUGGCGUUUCUUGUCCUGUACAACUUCAUCAUCCCCAUAUCGCUCUACGUCACUGUGGAGAUGCAGAAGUUCCUUGGCUCGUUUUUUAUUGGCUGGGACCUGGACCUCUACCACGAGGAGAGCAACCAAAUGGCGCAGGUCAACACGUCUGAUCUGAACGAGGAGCUGGGGCAGGUGGAAUAUGUGUUUACUGAUAAAACUGGUACUCUGACGGAGAACGAGAUGCUGUUCCGUGAAUGUUCAAUCAAUGGUGUCAAAUACCAGGAAAUCAAUGGAAAGCUUGUACCUGAGGGGAUGACUGAUGACUCACUGGAUGGAUCUUCACCUCGUCUGAGUUGCGAGGAGUUGCUGUUCCUGAAGGCGGUGUCGCUGUGUCACACAGUGCAAAUUAGCUACGAGCAGCCAGGCGAUGGCCCAGGGGACCCGUUCUCCCACGCCAAUGGCUUUUCCUCCCAGAUGGAGUACUACGCCUCCUCCCCAGACGAGAAAGCACUUGUGGAAGCCACUAAAAGGAUGGGCGUGACCUUUAUGGGUAGUCAUGGAGAAACCAUGGAAAUUAAAACACUGGGGAAGUCAGAGAAGUAUAAACUACUCCACAUACUUGAGUUUGAUGCAAACCGAAGGCGUAUGAGUGUCAUUCUACAGACACCCUCAGGGGAGAAAAUGCUGUUUACAAAGGGAGCCGAGUCCGCCGUCCUUCCCUUCACUACAGGUGGAGAGAUAGACAAAACCAGAGUACAUGUAGAUGAGUUUGCCUUGAAGGGCCUGCGGACAUUGGUGGUGGCCUGCAGACACUUCAGUGCGGAGGAGUACGUCGAGGUGGACCGGCUACUCCACGAAGCCUGCACGGCCCUGCAGCAGAGAGAGGAGAGGCUGGCCGAGGUUUUCAGCUUCAUAGAGAAGGACCUGGAGCUGCUGGGUGCGACCGCGGUGGAGGACAAGCUACAGGAGAAGGUCCAGGAGACCAUCGAGGCCCUGCGACUGGCCGGAAUCAAGGUGUGGGUGCUGACUGGGGACAAGCAUGAGACGGCGGUAAGCGUCAGCCUCUCUUGUGGCCACUUCCACCGCACCAUGAACAUCCUGGAGCUGGUGCAGCAGAAGUCUGACAACGAGUGUGCCGAGCAGCUCCGACAACUGGCCAGGAGGAUCAAAGAGGACCAUGUGAUCCAGCAUGGCCUGGUGGUGGAUGGGGCAAGCCUGUCUCUGGCGUUGCGCGGCCACGAGAAGCUCUUCAUGGAGGUGUGCAAGAACUGCUCCGCCGUGCUGUGCUGCCGCAUGGCGCCCCUGCAGAAGGCCAAGGUGGUGAGAUUGCUGAAAACGUCUCCAGAGAAACCCAUAACUUUAGCCAUAGGGGACGGAGCCAAUGAUGUCAGCAUGAUUCAAGAGGCCCAUGUAGGGAUUGGGAUCAUGGGCAAGGAAGGAAGGCAAGCAGUACGAAACAGUGACUAUGCAAUUGCAAGGUUUAAAUUUCUUUCCAAACUGCUGCUCGUCCAUGGCCACUUCUACUACAUUAGGAUAGCAACCCUUGUACAGUACUUUUUUUACAAGAAUGUGUGCUUUAUCACGCCCCAGUUUUUAUACCAGUUCGUCUGUUUGUUUUCACAACAAACCCUGUAUGACAGCGUUUACCUGACGCUGUACAACAUCUGCUUCACCUCGCUGCCCAUACUGAUCUACAGCCUGUUUGAGCAGCUUGUCCACCCACAUGUGCUCCAGAGUAAGCCAGCACUCUACAGGGACAUCAGCAGGAACUCCCUCCUCUCAUUCAAGACCUUUUUGUACUGGACGUUACUGGGCUUCUGCCACGCCUUUGUCUUCUUCUUCGGCUCCUACAUCCUUAUGGGGGAGGACACGUCUCUCAUGGGGAAUGGACAGAUUUUGAGAACUAACAGACAACUGAUGUUCGGUAACUGGACCUUUGGGACUUUGGUAUUCACAGUAAUGGUCAUCACCGUUACAUUGAAGUUGGCCUUGGAGACCCACUUCUGGACAUGGAUGAAUCACUUUGUCACCUGGGGCUCCAUCGCUUUCUACUUCAUCUUCUCCUUAUUUUACGGGGGAAUCAUCUGGCCUUUCCUCCACACCCAGGACAUGUAUUUUGUUUUCGUCCAGCUGCUCUCCAGCGGCUCCGCCUGGUUCGCCAUCGUCAUCAUCAUCACCACCUGCCUUUUCCCUGACAUAAUCAAGAAGGUGUUCUACAGGCACCUUCAGCCCACCAGCACCCAGAAGUCUCAGCUUAUUGAGACCGACCACCAGGGCAUCGGCUGCCUGGACUCCAUGUGCUGCUACUCGCAGGGGGAGAACGGGUGCACCCGGCUGGGCCGGAUGGUGGAGCAAGUGAUUGGCCGCUGCGACCCGGUCCGUGGUAACAGAUCUUGGAGCGACACGGACCCCUUCUAUUCCAACGACCAGAGCAUCUUGACGCUCUCCCCCAUGGAGGCGACUCAUUGCUAAUGUAGCAGAGAGCAGUAGUCCCGCCAGCCGCCCCGUCCUGCCCCAACGGCCAUACGAGAGGGACUCCUCAGCAACCAGCCCAUGGCCAGCCACCUCAGUGGAUGGUCAAGACUUGCUCUUAAAGGAGAAGAAUGUUGAAAGCCAUGAAAGGUUCUGCACCACCACUUUGAGAUGAUACUUUGGCCUCUCCUGUUCCUGUAUAUAAUUAAAGGGAAUGAGACUGCAAGAAGACCAAAAAAGCAUUUGUCAGACUUGAUAAAAAAUAACAUGUAAAAAAAGGACAGGUUAGUGCUGCUACUGCUUCACCGUUUGAUAAUCUGGAAAGUCCGCCAUUUUUCCUGAGGAAAUUAGGGGGGCCUUCUUCAAGCCAUAUCCUCCAUUUAUAUGACCUGAUUUUUAAGGUAUGAAAACGUGCACACUGGAUGAGAGGGGGGUCUGUAAUGCCUUUUCUGCACAGAUUUAGUGGUGUGUUCGUUCUGACAUGUCCACAGUAGAAUGUUCUUAUAACAGCUCCCAAUGACAGAUUAAUUGCUGUCAACAAGAUGAUCUAGAAUAAUACAGCUUGCACAUCUAGUUGUUUCAAAUCCCCAAUCUAUGUUUCUUUAUUUAAUCACCAUUGAAAUCAUUUGAUUCACUAUCUUUUUUGUUGGUUGCUGUCUUUUACCCCUGUGUAACUAAUUUUGUUCAUGAUGCUUGUUUAUUUAUUUCCAUCAUUAUGUGUACAGGGUAGGAGAGAUGGCUUCACCGAUUGAACUCGAUGGCAUGAGCUCUCUGUGUUCUCUGGCUUUUAGGCCUUUAGCCCGCAAUAAUGGAAUACGCUGUCUGGUUUAGAGGGUUGAGACAGACGUUUUAAACUUGCUUACAGUGACUGUGACAUAUGCACGUCAGCAUACACAGCUUUUAGAAUACAACCUACUUCCAUUGAAAUUCCAGUCAAUUCAGGAAAUACACAUUUCAAUGCUUUUCAAUAAGGAACAAAAUACAUUUUAACUGGAGUUUUGGUUUACCUUUUGCAUUGACUGGGAUUGACCCCAUACCUGUUCAUAAUAAACGAUCAAGUUAAUUUACAAUUGUGGGAGUUAAUGUGGCUAUAAAAUGUUAUAGCGGUUACCUUAAACGCUCAAAGUGGGAGGGACUUUGAAAGUCGAGUUGAUAUUUCUUUACAUGGUACAGAUGUUUUUAAGCACAGCCAGCACUAGUUGUGAUCUUGGUCAGCAUUUGUCACUGGCAUAUCUCAUGAAGGAUUAUUUUAUUGUACUUGUUUGCUAAUUUUGUUCUUGUUUUAUAUGAACCAUCUUCAGAUCGAUCAUUACAUUCGGGCACUUGUCUUCACCAAUAGCUUGUAAUCGUGCCACUGCGAGUGAACAAGCAGAGGUGACUGUGCAACACGUGGAUAUUUAAAUCCCGUUCUGGCUACGUUGGUGUUGGCAAUAAGGAUCCAUUUAAACUGGUAACACCCGCGGUGUCGGUUCAUGUUCCUUUAUCCUGCCUGCUCUUGGGAAGAUGUAACACAGAAUAUCUAAAUCUGUCACGGCCAUAUAUGUACGUUACACUGUGCUACUAAAACAUUAUGAAUUUGCAAAAGCAUCCUAUGCUACUGAAAUGUGUAUCCUUAUGAAUUUACAACAAGAUGUGACUAAUUACAUAAGGCUAAUGUUAGGCAUCACAGUACUGAAGCGAACAGCUACUCUAAAAGUCAAUGGCCUCACUGACUAGUGGCCAGCCUAACGUAUCAGUAGAAUUCAACUGUCACAGAUCUAUACUACUAUGUUACGUAUUCCCUAGACCAGCCAUUAUCACGUUCAUUGAAAAAAAGGUCUGUUACUGAUAUACUCUUCCUUCAGUGAAACUUUCAUUGCAGAUGUUUAAAACAAAUUUUAUUUACUGAAUAAAUGUUUUUAAAAAGCA